AUGGCAAGAAGAAAUGUGCUCAUUACAGGUUGCUCCUCAGGAAUUGGACUGGCCUUAGCUGUAAAAAUGGCAAAAGAUGAACAGAAAAGAUUUAAAGUGUAUGCCACCAUGCGGAAUCUGGCCAAGAAAGAGCCACUUGAGGAAGCUGCAGGUCGCAGGCUGGGCAAAACCCUUGAAAUUAAACAACUGGAUGUCUGUGAUGAACAAUCUAUUAAAAAUUGUGUGAAUAGCAUCCCUGACAGAAGGAUCGACGUCCUAGUUAGCAAUGCUGGAAUGGGGCUCAUCGGACCAAUUGAAUGUCAGACCAUAGAUGAAAUGAAAACCGUGAUGGAUACCAACUUCUUCGGACUCGUUCGACUCCUGAAGGAGAUUUUGCCUGACAUGAAGAGGAGAAAGAGCGGGCACAUAGUUAUAAUAAGCAGCGUUAUGGGAAUACAAGGUAUCUUAUUUAAUGAUGUUUAUGCUGCAUCCAAGUUUGCUGUGGAAGGAUUCUGUGAAAGUUUAGCUAUACAAGCACUCAAGUUCAAACUGCAGUUAAGUUUGAUUGAACCGGGCCCAGUGGUUACGGAGUUUGAAAGAAAAGUAUUUGAAGAUGGAAUGAAAAUGGAUCUUUCAGCUGCAGAUGAGGAAACAGCUGAGAUGUUUACUAAUAUUUACCUUAAAAAUUACAAACAGAUUUUCCAGAGCCUGGGACAAAGUGCUGAAGAUGUUGCAGAGCAUACAGUAAAGAUAAUUCUUGCAGAAAAUCCACCUUUUCGCCAUCAGACCAACACCUUGUACACGCCGAUGACAACCCUGAAAUAUGCAGAUCCAAAUGGAGAUCUACCCAUUGAUAUAUUCUACAAAAUGGUUUUCCACCACGACAAAAUCUUCAGUGCAAGUCUUAACUUUAUCAAAUUGCUAAGGUGGAGAAGUAGAAAGAGCUUUGACCUGGGAAAACCCUCACAAUAA